AUGGGUGCGAGCAUCACCACCCUUCUGAAGGCGUGCAAGAGAAGUGAACACCUGGAGCAAGUUCACGCUUCAAUCAUCCACCGACGCCUCGAGCAAGACCACUUCCUCAUCUCCCUCUUCAUUCCACUCUCUCCUACUCCUCCUCCGUCUUCACCCCUUCCACCUUCCUCUGGAACACUCUCAUCAAAUCCCAUUGCCAAACACAGCUUCUUUUCCCACACCCUCUCCGCCUUCGCUCGCAUGAAGGCGCACGGCGCCCUUCCCGACAGCUUCACCUACCCUUCUGUCAUUAAGGCCUGUUCCACCACGUGCAAGCCGUGGCAAGGAAAAUCGCUUCAUGGGUCCGCGAUCAGGUGCGGCGUCCAUAGGGAUCUCUUCGUGGCCACCAGUUUGAUCGACGUGUAUGGCAAGUGCGGGCAGAUUGCUGAUGCUCGCAAGGCCAAGAAACUGUUUGAUGAGAUACCGCAGAGAAAUGUAGCUUCUUGGAAUGCGAUGUUGCAGGGUUUUGUCAAGGUGGGGGAUUUGAGUUGUGCUAGAGGCGUGUUUGACGCUAUGCCAGAGAAGAAUGUGGUUUCUUUUACCACUAUGAUUGAUGGGUAUGCCAAGGCGGGUGACAUGGUGGCUGCGAGGUUCUUGUUUGAUCGUAAUGGGCAACCUAAUCAGGCGUUGAGAGUGUUUCUUGAGAUGGAAUUGAUGAAAGUAAAGCCUGAUGAGUUCAUACUGGUUAGCUUGAUGUCGGCUUCGGCGCAAUUAGGACAUUUAGAACUUGCUCAAUGGGUUGAUUCUUACGUAAGCAAAAGCUGUAUUGAUCUUCAGCAGGACCAUGUAAUUGCAGCGCUUCUGGAUAUGAAUGCAAAGUGUGGAAACAUGGAGAGAGCGUUGAAAUUGUUUGAGGAAAAAACUAAACGGGAUCUAGUGUUGUAUUGUUCCAUGAUACAAGGGUUGUCAAUUCAUGGGCGUGGGGAAGAGGCCGUGAAUCUGUUUAACAGGAUGCUGAUGGAAGGACUAUCUCUGGAUGAGGUGGCCUUCACAUUUAUCCUCACAGUCUGUAGUCAUGUUGGGCUUGUUGAUGAGGGCCGGGAAUACUUCCAAUCCAUGAAGGAAAGAUACUACAUUAGUCGUUUACCUGAUCACUAUGCGUCCUCAUCUGGUGCAUGGGGUGCACUUCUUGGAGCAUGUAAACUCUACGGUGAUUCAGAGCUAGGAGAGAUUGUUGCUAAUCGACUUUUUGAGUUUGACCCUCUAAAUGCAGCUAACUAUGUGCUAUUGUCUGACAUCUAUGCAACAGCAUAG